AUGUCUCCGCUCGUUUGGCUCGUUACAGGAUGCUCCUCCGGAUUUGGCCGGGUCUUCGUGGAGCAGAUUCUCUCUCGUGGAGACUGUGUCAUUGCAACCGCACGCCGAGUCGAAAGCAUUGAAGAUCUCAGGAGCAACCGGGUCGCCGUCUUGCAGCUUGAUGUGACGAGCGACCAGGAGACUCUCAAUGAGACGAUGGCAAAGGCAAUUGCCAUCUACGGUCAUAUUGAUGUGCUGGUGAACAGCGCCGCUUAUAUUGCUGCUGGCGCCUGGGAAGAUGUUUCUGAUGAAGAGUUCCGUGCAAAUUUUGAAACGAAUGUUUUUGGUGUUUUGAAAGUCACCAAGGCUCUUCUGCCUCAUUUCCGACAGAGAAAGUCAGGUACAACGGUCUUCAUCAGCUCCCGAUCAGGUUGGUGUGGGGACCCAUUCGUGGGUCCAUAUUCAGGAACCAAGUUUGCCCUGGAAGGCCUCGUCGAGAGUCUCUGGAGGGAGACAGAGCCCUUAGGCCUAAGGACUCUCCUGAUUGAGCCGGGCCGGUUUCGAACGCUACUACUCUCGAGCGCUAAUCUGAAAAUCGCGCCGUCCGGUAUUCAAGACUACGCGUGUCCAUCGGAAGACUUCAAAAGAAUGCUCGCCAUGGAGGAUCGCACGCAACCCGGGAACGUCGAGAGAGGCGUAUCCAUCAUUUUGGACCUUGUUAGAGCAGAGGGCGUCGCCGCAGGGAAGAAGAUCCCUUUUCGGUUACCCCUUGGUACAGACUGCUAUGAGUCGAUAAAGGAGAAAUGCGAGGAGACAUUGAGACUUCUUGAUGAGUGGAAGGACGUUAUUAAUAGCACGAAUCAUGCUGACUGCUAG